UCUAUCUGUACCAGGUACCAAGUGGUCAGAUGGUUGAAGAGCUAUCUGGGGUUUAUGGAAACAUGUCAGAUCGGAACGGGGUUACUUGGGCAGCCACAUAGUGUAAGGGGGAGGGGGUUGUCAGGGGACCUUGGCUGGGUGUCCGCUCAAUGUCCACAUCCCCUCGCUGUCCCCUCUUAGGAAUGUGGCUUUCCUGGCCAGGCAGCCACCAAUACUCCAUGUGUUAUUUCCCUGAAUUCCCAGAUCACAAAAGCUGCCCAGGGAAUGUGGUAAAUAUACAGAUUCCCAGGCCCAAUUCCAAACCAAGAGACUCAGAAUUGCCCAGCAUGGAUCCUGGGAAAGCGUAUUUUUAAUAAGCACCCCAGAUGAUUUUUCUAACUGAGCAAGUUUGAGAAAUAGGUGGAUAAGAAUAGCAGAGACCAGAAUCUGGAAAACAGGUUUAAGAUCCCGCAGCAACCCUGGUUACGUGAGCCUUAGUUUCCUCAUCUGUAAAAGGGGGACGGGACCUCCAGGGGGUAAUGAAGGGUAAUGAAGCCCCCGAGGAGGCCCCUUCCCUUCGCCUGCCCCUCACCCCCAUCCCCACCUGUCUGCCUCCUCUCGCCCUCUCCAGCCUGACUGGGCGGGAGGUCCUGACGCCCUUCCCAGGACUGGGCACUGCGGCGGCGCCGGCACAGGACGGGGCCCACCUGAAGCAGUGCGACCUGCUGAAGCUGUCCCGGCGGCAGAAGCAGCUGUGCCGGAGGGAGCCCGGCCUGGCUGAGACCCUGCGGGACGCUGCGCACCUCGGCCUGCUCGAGUGCCAGUUCCAGUUCCGGGACGAGCGCUGGAACUGCAGCCUGGAGGGCAGGACGGGCCUGCUCAAGAGAGGCUUCAAAGAGACGGCCUUCCUGUACGCAGUGUCCUCUGCUGCUCUCACCCACGCCCUGGCCCGGGCCUGCAGUGCCGGGCGCAUGGAGCGCUGCACCUGUGAUGACUCUCCGGGGCUGGAGAGCCGGCAGGCCUGGCAGUGGGGCGUGUGCGGUGACAACCUCAAGUACAGCACCAAGUUUCUGAGCAACUUCCUGGGGUCCAAGAAAGGAAGCAAGGACCUGCGGGCACGGGCAGACGCCCACAACACCCACGUGGGCAUCAAGGCUGUAAAGAGUGGCCACAGGACCACGUGUAAAUGCCAUGGGGUGUCAGGCUCCUGUGCCGUGCGCACCUGUUGGAAGCAGCUCUCCCCAUUCCGUGAGACGGGCCAGGUGCUGAAGCUAUGCUAUGACUCGGCUAUCAAGGUGUCCAGUGCCACCAAUGAGGCCUUGGGUCGCCUAGAGCUGUGGGCCCCUGCCAGGCAGGGCAGCCCCACCCAAGACCUGGCCCCGCGGUCUGGGGACCUGGUCUACAUGGAGGACUCACCCAGCUUCUGCCGGCCCAGCAAGUUCUCACCGGGCACGGCGGGCAGGGUGUGCUCCCGGGAGGCCAGCUGCAGCAGCCUGUGCUGCGGGCGGGGCUAUGACACCCAGAGCCGCUUGGUGGCCUUCUCCUGCCGCUGCCAGGUGCAGUGGUGCUGCUACGUGGAGUGCCAGGAGUGCGUGGAGGAGGAGCUCGUGUAUACCUGCAAGCACUAGCCUACUGCCCAGCACGCCAGUCUGGCAUGGCCGCAGCCCCCCGUGGCACCCUUCCGCCCACCCAACCGGCCCUCUGGACAGGCAGUCAUCACAUGCGUGCACAAACCGGCAUGUGUGCCGAGGCACCGAGUGUGCCAUUCACCACCAUUCCUUGGUAGCCUUUUGCCUCCCUCAGUACUCAACAAAGGAGCAAAGCUUCAUCCCUGAACCCAAGCAUCCCCAGCCUUGUUGAAGGCUUGGAGAGGAGGGCAGAGUGAGAAAGAUGUGGAGGGAAGUAAGGGAGACCGAGAGGACAGCAGGACUGGAGCUUUGGAGGCGAGGGAGGGGCUGUUCCAUCUUGCUUCCUGGGAUGAAUGGCUUGGAGCCAGCAUGUUCUUGGGAGGUGAGCGGCUGAGCGGGGAAUACCGAGGGAGGCAGCGCCAGCUAGAAGUGAAGGUGGGAGUCUGGCUGGGAUGGGCCAGUCCGGUCCUGUGGCCCUGCUCAGGCGCAGUGAGCUCCAGGUGUCACACGCCUCCACCACUACCCUGGUUUUGCUGUGCCACGGAUGGGGAGAAAGCCCAGGUGGUAGAAGCCAUCUAUCUGUUCAGAGAAAGGAGAGCUUUCUGAGCUUGAGUGGACCCAAGUGAGAUCCAUGCCCUGGAGCCCUGUGUCCUUAAUUUGACUUUUCGAAUAAGCCUCCCCUAAAGCUUCAUUCUUGCCUUGAGAGCUGGGUUAUCCACACCCAUCCAGCUGUGCUCACAACGACCACCCGUCAGGUAAGACAGGUGGGAGAACCAGCCGCCAAGGUGGGGCUCAGUGCACCUGAGGUGGAGCAGAAAGACAGCGGCCCCUCCCUGUGUUCCCUGCUGGCCAAAGGAAUCUUUACUCCCAGCCCAGAGGAGGAGGGCAACAGCUUCCUGGUGCCCAGCAGUGACAUGGUGAGCUGUUUCUCAGCUGGCUCUUGAGUCCUUUUGGUGACUUACUGUGACUGGGGCCUGCCAGGUCUGUGACACCCCCACACCAACUGAGUUCACAAUACUGAAGACUAGCUGCUCAUGAGCUAUGACUUGAGGUGACAUGUCUACUCUUGUGGGUGCUCAUCUAAGUAAGGCUUUUGCCCUGGUUGGGGUUACAGAUGCUUGAGUCCGUGCGAAGCCUGGCUCCUGGGUAGCCUCCUUCAGUUCCCAGUCAAUGGCCCCUCACUUGGCCCUCACUUGGGCUCUUACUUGAGGAGGAGACGUGACUUUGUUAAUUUCUUCAGAUCCUGUGGACAUUUCCAGCACCACCUGCCAAGGCCCUCGGAGAAAGGAGAGAGAGACUGGCAUCUCCACACAGGCACACACGGACACACAGCCCCUGGACCAGGCUGGCGUUCCGGUCGCACACACCUCUCUGGUUCAGGAUGAAGACCUUGCAGAGGUCACCUUGCUGGAGGCAUUGUGCUUCCCCAGAGUGGGGCCCAAUGCCAGCCAGGAGGAAGUGACUUCUUUCGGGAAGCCCUUGGCCACUUUGCUGGCCCUGCCACACCCCUCUGUCAGCUUCCUUUCUCCCUAAACCUAGAGUUGCUGACCCUUCACCAUGACAGGAAACUUCAGAAUCAGCCGAAUUCUCAGAAACCUCGCCUGUGCCAGCUCCAGGACAAAGGCCCGCUGACGGCCCCAGUGGACUCCCCGAGACCUCCAAGGGUGGAGAGAAGCUGGCCUCUUUCCAGUGGAUCAGGGCAGCCUGCUGGAUGCUGGAAGGAUCUGUGACUGCAGAGGCUCAACUGAGAAGCCAAACUGACCUGAGCGCCUCUCGCUAAAGUGACAUUGCUGAUCCAAGCACCUGCCCACACCUUGGCAGGAGGAGAAACAUGGGGAGAGGGCUGGCUUUCUCGCGUCUUUCACUUCCCCGCAGCAUGGAGACUUUCUCUGCCUUUCAGUCCAUCUUGCUCCUCUGAGAUACCAUCUCUGCCUCCAUCCAGGCUCAGCCCUGGGCAUAAAGCAGCAGGGACCUCACUGGCAGGAAGAGGGGGCCUGGAAGCAACUUGGGGGCCGGAGCACCCUGAUCCACCAACACACCACCCGCAUCCUGACUCUGGUUGGCAGCAUCAGGGUCACGGGAGGGCAAAGGGCAGGCUCUGAGGCACUUGGCCGUGGCUGGCUGCUAACAUGGACACCCAAGUCAAUGGCACAGUGUAGGUUCUGACAGCUCUUCGGCUUGUGGGGACUUCUCUGUCUCUCUCCUUCUCUUCUUCCUUGCUCCCAUCCCUUUCUUUCCGGUUACCCCUAAAGACCCACCUCAGUCCUCUUGGGGCCCCUGGGGACUAGAGUGGCCACUGACCCCCGCAUUCUAUAGCUUUAAGGGAAAUGCUCACAGGGUAUUUUGUCUACCUCAAAUAUAUAGUUUUUAGGGCAAAGGAGAAUAAUUUAUAUAGCUAAGAUAUAUGAGAAAGUAUUUAUAUUAUUUAUACAGUUGCUAUAUUCCAUGGACAGCACAGGUGGGGUUGCAUGUCUCCCCCGGAAACUGUCUGGGGAGAUGCAGCCUGACCAGGCCAGGUCCCCCACUGAGCAGAAGGACAGAUGGCAGGGAAGGAGGUCAAGCCUGUAUCCCACGACUGGGUCCGUCUCGGAGCCCGUGAGAACACGUCCCUCUGUGUGAGCCCUGCUGGGCUCCAUCCAGACGCUGCUUGUGAAGUUUUUGUAGGUGUUUUGCUCUUUUGGGUCCAGGCCUCCUUCUUCUGCUCUGGUCAAAGUGUCUUGCUCAUAAUAAUAAUGACAACAAGAGUGACCACACCUGACAUUUUGGUAAACAGUAAAGCACUUUGCUGUUCAGAAAUGCAAAUGUUUGCCCUUUUUAUCUCACUUGAUUUCUCCAUUAUCUCUGUGAGGUGGGUGGGGCCACAUGACGGUGCCCAUUUUAUAGAAGAGGCCCAGCGAUGGAGAGCUGUGCUCAAAGUCACACUGAAGAGGCUUGUUCAGUGAAUAUUUACUGAACGUCUUCAUGGACCAGGCACUACAGGAGCUGACUUGCUCUGAGCCCAGAAGCUCCAAAGCCUGGGUACCACUGUGAGCCCAAGCACUCAGGGACUUGCCGGGCUGGGACCCUGGUCUUUUGGAUCUGGAUGGCAGGUUGCCACUUCCCCCAAGUGGAGUCCCAUGUCUCAGGGGCUGAUACUGCCUGAAAAGUCUGGAGAGACCAGGACCCCACUCAGGCCACUCCAAGAGGUCCUUCUGCCUAUAUUGCUAGAGAAGGUUUGGCUACACCACCAGGCCCUUCCCAGCCUACAAAUAAGUUGUUUGCUCUUAUUUGUGUUUUGCUUGUAAAAAUGAAUUGUCUUCCACUGAAUUUCUGGCUUUUUUUGCAAACAUCAGCUGCGCUGGCAGACCGGGCCUGCAUUCCCUCCUGGCCACAGGCAGCUAGAGCGAGGGAGCCCUAUUGGACAGGAUGCCCCGAGUGCCCCCGUCACUCAUAAUGCUCCUACCUGCUUCUCAUGAGCGCAUAGUCCCAUCCCAUGGUCUAGAUAAGCCCAGCUUCCCUGGUAUCUUUCAUCGCCUGGCAGACAGACAGACCCAUGCCAACCCUGGAGAUUACAUGCUUUUGAACCUUUCUGUUCUCAACAACAGUGAACUUCAAAUGCUUUUUGUCUUAGGACGCUUUUGAAUAACAAUGAAAACCAUCACUUAUUGAGUGCCCCUUAUGUCCAUGUAUUCAACCAACGAUUAUUUAGUGAUCUCUUAUCGAACACCAAGCAGCAUCCUAGAUGUUUGGUACAGCUAUGAAUAGGACCAAGUCUCUGCCUCAUGGGGCUGACAUCCUAGUGGGUGAGAAAGACGAUAAACCAAUAAAUGAUAUGCCAGUAAUAUGCA